CCACACUCGCGGGAGCCAGUCAUCAUAAAUACGAACAGAUUGGAAAACUUACAAUAAUUGCGUAUUAUCUGUGGUAUUACGAGAUCAAAUCUGUCGAAUAGCCAACUUGCCGUAACCCACUUAGCUGCAAAAAUGUCCUACGCGUACUUGUUCAAAUACAUCAUCAUCGGCGACACAGGCGUGGGCAAGUCAUGUCUGCUCCUCCAGUUCACGGACAAGCGCUUCCAGCCCGUGCAUGACCUGACCAUCGGCGUGGAAUUCGGAGCACGCAUGAUCACCAUCGACGGCAAGCAGAUCAAGCUCCAGAUCUGGGACACGGCUGGCCAGGAGGCUUUCAGAUCCAUCACACGCUCGUACUAUCGAGGAGCUGCGGGCGCCCUGCUGGUGUACGACAUCACGCGCCGAGAGACUUUCAAUCACCUGACCACCUGGCUGGAAGACGCGCGCCAGCACUCCAACUCGAACAUGGUGAUCAUGCUGAUCGGCAACAAGAGCGACUUGGACUCUCGGCGCGAGGUGAAGAAGGAGGAGGGCGAGGCCUUUGCCCGCGAGCACGGACUGGUCUUCAUGGAGACGUCGGCGCGCACGGCGGCCAACGUGGAAGAGGCUUUUAUAAACACGGCCAAGGAGAUUUACGAGAAGAUCCAGGAGGGCGUCUUCGACAUUAACAAUGAGGCAAACGGCAUCAAGAUUGGCCAACAGCACUCGCCCACAAACCCGUCGCUGCCAGGAGCCGGAGGAGCCGCUGGAGCAGCAAACAGUGGCUGUUGCUAGGAGUAAACCGCAGAUGCCCGACUGCAGUUCUGGGAUAGACGUAGCCGCUUCUGUAAAAGCUACUUUAGUGACUAACUAAUAGAAGGUAGUUGGAGGGACAUAUUUCUUGUUUUCUAUCUCAACCGUAACUAACCACGUAAACAUAGCUACCACUAAACUAGCAAUUGAACACUAAGCGUAAUGUUAAAAUCGUAAAGAUCAGACAGCUACAAGACACACCUCUCCUUGUUCAGCUACGUUUUAAUUAACCAAAAGAAACCAAAAGAAAAAAAACAGAAAUAAACCAAAAUCUACAACAUUUGUACAUGUGAAUGUGUCGUGCGUGAUUUCCAAAUUUUAUAAACUUUAUCGAAACAUUUAUAAAUGUUUCUGCAUGUAUUUUGUGUAUAUUAAAAUUAGUUUGCUAGUUACUUCGUGUAAAGAACGAUAGUUAUACAUUGGGAUCUUGACAAAAUAAUGUGUAAUAUAUAACAAAGAAGUUAAA